AUGACCUAUGAAAACAACAUCGAACCGGUUCGUCCCGACGAACGAACGGACGCCUUUUGUCGAGUGGACAUCGGCCGGGGCACUGUGCCAAUGUGUCGCGCUGUUGCGGCUGCGGCGUCGGCGGGGAAAGUCUACAUUUGGAUAUCAAAGCAAAAGGGGAGAAGUGAUUUCAGUAGAAAAGGUUUAGCAAAACUAUUUUUGUUAUUAUUAUUAUUAUUGUUACCAUUAUUGUUAUUAUUAUUAUUAUUAUUAUUAUUAUUAUUAUUAUUAUUAUUAUUAUUAUUAUUAUUAUUAUUAUUAUUAUUAUUAUUAUUAUUAUUAUUAUUAUUAUUAUUAUUAUUAUUAUUAUUAUUAUUAUUAUUAUUAUUAUUAUUAUUAUUAUUAUUAUUAUUAUUAUUAUUAUUAUUAUUAUUAUUAUUAUUAUUAUUAUUAUUAUUAUUAUUAUUAUUAUUAUUAUUAUUAUUAUUAUUAUUAUUAUUAUUAUUAUUAUUAUUAUUAUUAUUAUUAUUAUUAUUAUUAUUGCAAAAACUACUACAAAAAGUCACCAAACAAAAAAAAAAAACAUACGAAAACUUAUUUCUUUACGCAUUACGGAACUUGAAUGGACUUUAUCACAGAUACGAAGAGAGUUAA